UCCUUGGAUUUAUCUUAUAAUUCCUUAUACGGAGACGCGGAUUCCGGGCUGGAAAAGCUCACCAGAUUGAAACUUUUGAAUCUUUCCUUCAAUUUCUUCAACGGUGCAAUCCCAGCUCCAGUUGGUGGUGCAACAACUCGGAGCUUGGAGGUCCUGGUGUUCUCCGUCAAUAAGUUUCACGGAGAAAUCCCCGAACGGAUUUUUGUUUAUAAGAACCUCAGGUUGCUGGAUCUCAGUCAAAAUAACCUAACUGGGUCUAUUCGGGAUGGGAUCGAGACGCUUUCCAAGUUGGAAGUUCUCCUCCUUUCUUCCAAUUAUCUCAGUGGGAGAAUCCCAAGUAGUUUGGCAAUGAUCAAGACUCUGUAUCGAUUCGCUGCCAACCAGAACAACUUCACUGGCUCGAUACCUCGUAAUAUUACUACUCAUGCGAGUGUUUUGGACCUCAGCUACAAUAAUCUCACCGGGGAGAUCCCAUCAGACCUCCUCUCCCCGCGGAAUUUCGUGUUUGUGGAUCUGUCCAGCAAUCACCUUCAAGGACCCAUUCCUGGGAAUUGGUCACAAAGCAGGGUCUACCGUCUGCGACUUGGCAAUAACAAUCUCAAUGGAAGCAUUCCAUCAACAAUUGGGAAGCUUUCCAAUUUGACAUAUCUAGAGUUGAAUGGCAAUGUAUUGGGUGGAGAGAUUCCAUCUGGGCUGGGGAAUUGUACAAAACUGAUGCUGUUGGACCUAUCUUUCAAUCAGUUGCAAGGGAAUUUGACAAAGGAAUUGGGUUACCUUGAACAAUUAGUGGUCUUGGAGCUUCAAAACAACAAUCUUACUGGAGAAAUACCUGAUCAACUAUUGCAGUUUUGGAAUCUGAGCACUCUUGAUCUCCGCCAGAACUUGCUCACUGGUGAGAUACCUCCAGCAAUUUCCAACUUAAAGAAGCUUUCAGUUCUGAAUUUACAAAGCAACAGAUUCUAUGGUUUGAUACCUGACAGCAUCAGUAGCUUCGAGAAUCUGAUAGAACUGCAGUUCGGAAACAACAACCUGAGUGGAACUGUUCCGAGAAUGCCAAAGAGCUUGAGGACAGCUCUGAAUCUCGGUAGCAACCUCUUCAACGGACGCAUACCUUCCUAUCUCGGUGAUUUAUCUCAGUUGGAGAUUCUCGACGUCUCGAACAAUAAAUUUAGUGGUGAGGUUCCAGCUUCUCUUACUACAAUUCAAAGUCUGAUAGAAUUGGAUCUCUCUGACAAUCUGCUUUCUGGAGUGCUUCCAAAUUUUCCUUCGUUUGUCAGAGUCAUAACCACUGGAAAUGAGGAUCUCAUCAUCUCAAAUUCAAGCUCUAACCCAAUCCGAACGAAAGGACAACGAAAUAUUUUACUCAUUAUUAUGGUUAUGAUUGUGCCUUUUGUUGGAGGCUUCAUUGUUUCAGUCUCCGCGGCUGCAGUUAUCCAACAGUGCUUGAAUCAGAGGAAAAGCAACCGCCAAAAUGCAAGGAGACAUGCUUUCCACUCCAAUAGACUUUUCCCCGAAAACUCCAUUGAGAGAUUGAGAAGGUUCCAGCACUGGCAAUACACCAGAAGCCUCAGUUAA